AUGACGCCGACUCGACACCCGUCGACCCGGGCGGCGUCGCUCGGGCCACGGAUGCUCGAGGCUCAGCGGAGUGGAGGCGGCCGGAUAGACUCGAUGGCAUCUGUGCAGUCGUCGGGCUCGGUUGUGGCACGCAAGCGGCAUCAGUCGCCGCCGCACUGGGAGCUCUCUCCGAUCAACUCCGAGUCGGCGGCGGCAGCGGUGGCGGGCGUGGUCGACAUGGCGUCGGUCUCGUCGGCAUACGGUGGAAUGAGCGAGGUUGGUGUCGAUCAUCCGACCGAGGUUCUCACUGUCGAGUCGCUGCAUCGGCUCAAGCGUGCGGAGCAGCUCGAGGCGGCGGCUGCAAACGCCAGCGCCGCCAUGGACGAGGAGCGCGAGCGAUUUCGCCAGGAGACGAAGCGGCUGAACGCGCAGAUCCGGCGGCUGAACAAGCGCAUUAACCAGCAUACAGGGCUGGCGUCGGCGAUCCGGCGCGAGACUGUGCUUGCUAAGCGCAACGCCGCGCUUCGGGCGCGUAUUCGCGCCCUCGAGUCCAAACUUGGCAUUGAGGCCGACGACCCGCUCUCAGACGUUGAGUCUGUCGACCGAGGCGCGUCGCCGGAGCGGCAGCAGGAAGGUGCGGCCGCGCAAGUUCUUGCGCUCGAGUAUGAGCAGGUUCUCAUGCGUCUCCGGGCUGCGCUGCGAACGCAGUUUGGGGACGAGCCUGUGGCGAGCGUGUGGCGCGAUGUCGCGCCUGAGAUGGCGCUGCAGGCGCCUAUUGGGUCUGUUGCUGGUGGCGCGCCGUCACACCUGGGCUCGGCCGCAUACUCGCCGACCGAAAUCGAUGUCCUCUCUGAGAGCGUGACCAAGCUCAACGAGCUUAAUGCGCAGCUCGUGUUUGAGCGCGAUGACAUUCGCCGUGCCAACGCCGAGCUGGAGGAGCGGCUGGCGGCGUCGCGGCACUCGACCUCGGGCGAGACUCUGCCGUCGCCGAUGAAGGCUGCCCAUGCCGCGUUCCGAGCCCAGGUUGAGAGUGUUGAGCACGAGAAGAACGCACUAGCCGCCGAGCGUGAUCGACUUGAGGCCGAGCUGAACGCUGCUCGUGCACAGCUAGAUGCACGCAGACAGGACGACGUCGAGGCGGAAUCUGUCCGCCGAGAGGAGAUCUCGGUCCACCAAGAGGAAGUUACCUCGCUCGCGGACGCCCGCGCCGAAGCCGAAGCCCAUGCUGAUGCCGCUCGCCGGGCAGAGGCCGCCCUUGCCGACGCCCGCGCCGAUGCCGAAGCCCAUGCUGAUGCCGCUCGCCAGGCAGAGGCCGCCCUUGCCGACGCCCGCGCCGAAGCCGAAGCCCAUGCUGAUGCCGCUCGCCAGGCAGAGGCCGCCCUUGCCGACGCCCGCGCCGAUGCCGAAGCCCAUGCUGAUGCCGCUCGCCGGGCAGAGGCCGCCCUUGCCGAUGCCCACACGGCUGUGACUCUCGCUAAGGCCGAGACGGAGGCUGCGCGCCAGGCCGAAGCCGAAACAAAGUGGGCAGCGCCGUCCAAGUCGGCGCUGCUUGCGGAGCAGGAGCGAAGCCGCACGCUCCAUGCCAGCCUUGCAGCAGAGCAGCAGGUGACCGCGGAGCUUCGCGCACAGGUUGCCGCACUGCAGGCCAAGGCCGAACAGGUUCAGCAAAUGGAGGCAGAGGGUGUGCAGCUCAAGUCUGCACUCUCAGAGCGGAAUGUGUUGAUCCAGGCACUGGCGCUCAAGGUCAAGCGAAGCGAGGCACAUGUGAAUGAGGUGGCCCAGCGCGCUGAGCGCGAGCACACCGCACACCAGGCGACGCUUCAGGCGUGGAAGUCCGAGUCGUCGUUGGCUCACGAGAAGCUACCUGGUGUCGAGCGCGAGCUGGCGGUUGCCCAGCAAGACCGGGAUCAGCUUGCAGCGCGAGUCAAGUUGCUGGAGCAGGCGCGGUUAGAGCAGGAUGACGAGCUCCGAAGCGUCAAGGCCGACGCCGAGCGUGCUCGGGCCGAGGCUCUUUCGGCCGCGGGCGCCCAAGAGUCGGCGGCGACCGAGGUCCGGGCUGUCCGGGCCGACCGCGACCAGCUGGCCGCUGCCCACGAAGUAGCGCUGGCCAGCAUUCGACAGCUACGUGGCGAACGCGACGAUGCAGUGUCGGCGGCAGCACGGCUGGAGUCUGAGCUGGAGGCGGCGACAGCUGCUUCCGGGCCCUCGCACACCAAGCUCCAGCUGCUCGAGGCUGACAACUCGCGGCUCUCGGCGGCGUAUGAGGACAUUCGCGCUGAGCUGCGCCAGUUGCGCGCCGAGCGUGACGACCUGCAAGCCGCGCUUGAUCGGGUUAGCUCAGCUCCAGCGAGCAUGUCACCGGACCGACAGCGCGCCAUUGAGGCGCGGCUCCACGCAGUCGAGGCCGAGCGCGACCGGGUUGUGGCUGAUUGCGAAAGUCUCCGCGCCGAACUGCGGAGCGUGCGGGCAAAGUGUGAUGAUGCCGAGUUUGAGCUGGAGCGUGUCAAGCGCGACGCGGCAGUCCAGUCGCCAGACCGCUCGCAGCGGAGCUUGCGGGCACUCGAGUCCGAGCGCGACGAGCUUGUUGCGGCCGUCGAGAGCAUGCGCGCCGAGCUUCGGAGCGUGCGCGCCGAGCGUGACGACGCCAACUUUGAGCUGGAGCGUGUCAAGCGCGACGCGGCAGUCCAGUCGCCAGACCGCUCGCAACGGAGCUUGCGGGCACUCGAGUCCGAGCGCGACGAGCUUGUUGCGGCCGUCGAGAGCAUGCGGGCCGAGCUUCGGAGCGUGCGCGCUGAGCGCGACGAUGCCAACUUUGAGCUGGAGCGGAUCAGGCGCGACGCGGCAGUCCAGUCACCGGACCGCUCGCAACGGAGCUUGCGGGCACUCGAGUCCGAGCGCGACGAGCUUGUUGCGGCCGUCGAGAGCAUGCGGGCCGAGCUUCGGAGCGUGCGCGCUGAGCGCGAUGACGCGGCGUUUGAGCUGGAACGGAUGCGCCGCGACGCACUGUCGCGAUCGCCGGACCGCGGUGGGCGGCUUGCGCAGGAGCUUCGCAGCAUGCAGGCCGAACGCGACGAGCUCGUUGAUGCCAACGAGAGUAUGCGGGCCGAGCUGCGAAGCGUGCGAGCCGAGCGCGAUGACGCGGCGUUUGAGCUGGAACGGAUGCGCCGCGACGCGGCGUCCCGCUCGCCGAACCGAUCUGGCCUUGUGGCGCAGGAGCUGCGAGCGCUUGAGGAUGAGCGCGACGAGCUAGCCGAUGCCAAUGAGGGCAUGCGCGCCGAGCUGCGAGCCGUGCGUGCUGAGCGCGACGAUGCGCAGUUUGAGCUGGAGCGCGUGCGGCAGCGGGCAGCACAGCCUCGUGCAGUGGACCCGGCGCUGCAGGAGCGCGUCAAGGAGCUUCAGGCGCAGCGGACUGAAGUGACCGAGGCAUGCGAGGGUUUGACAGUCCAAGUCCGUGAGCUACGUGAGCAGCUGACAAUGUCCGAGGCCCAGGUUGAGAGCUUGAGGCGACAGUUGGUGUCCAAGGCGCCCGAGCUGGAGGCCGCGCAUGCGCGGGUAGCAGCACUUGAGACCGAGCGCGACGAGUUGGAACAGGCGGUAGCGGCAGCGCGCCGAAGCGCGAGCCACGGACGUCGGAGCCAGGCGGAGAUGGAGCGCGAUGAUCUGGCAUCGCAGCUCGAGCGGUGGCGCCGCGGGUGCACUGAACUCACGCGCGAGCGUGACGAGCUUGUCAGGAAGGCGCGGGCGCUUGAGACCGAGGUUGAGGAGGUCCGUCUGCAGGGGAGCUCAGCGCCAAGAGCACUACGACGGCAGGUCCAAUCGCAGGCGGCGCGGAUGGUCCAGCUUGAAGCAAGUCUGGAGCAGGCGCAGCAGGAGCGCGAUACGGUGGUGGAACAGCUGGCCAAGACCUCUCUGGCGCUGGAGGAAGCUGGCAUCCGGUUUGGGGAUGCGCAGAAAGAGCUCGAAGCAAAGAACGCACACAUUGUGUCGCUGGAGGCUCGGAUCAAGGGCUUUGUUUCUCGGCUGCUGAACGCCGACCAUGUGCGACAGUACGGCCACUCUGUGGCGCGGCUGUCUGGGCCGGGUAGUGGGUCGCCGUCGUCCAACACGAGCAUGUCGUCGUCGGUGGCGUCGAGGCGGGCGGCGUCGCCGUCGCCACAGCCGCCAUCGGUGCGCUCGCAUUUAGACCCGCGUCUUUCGACGCCAACGGCACGGGCGCCGACGUUUGCGCCUUCGCCUGCACUGGCAGCGAUGCGGCGGGUGUCGUCGCCGCCACCGGAGGCCACGGCGUCGCAGCCGCGGCGGACCCGGCCCGAGUACGACGCUCUGUUCGCGGGCAUUGAUGAGCGCAAGGCGGCUCGCGACGCGCUGCAGGCCAAGCUCGGGCUGCGAAACUCGGGGCGGCGAAACCGAUGAGUGUAGUUGCUUCAAAUGUACAAGCAUUGUGUUACUAUGAAGAAAAGUCAAAAGCGGC